AUGACAUCCGAGUCCGAAUCCGACGACAACUCAGACCCGCCCGUACGCCAAAUCUUCGUUAAGGGCGAUGCAGGGGUCUUCUCCUUCGACGGCUACCACCUCGAGUUCCAAGAUCAUCGCUACGCUAGGAAUGUUGCGCAAUAUAUUCCCCUUCUCGAACCUCUGCCAUCCAGUACAGGCACCACUGCGGCACGUCAACCGAGACACGACGAUAGUAAGCCUCACGGAUGGUGGCAGAGCCAAUGCGUGUUUCGCGGCCUGAGUUCCGAUGGGACGACGAUCGAGGAAUUGCAGGAUGUCUUGAGGGGCCGCGAGGACGAUCCCAUCGCAGACGAUAUAUUGGAUCUGCAGGAACGGGCGAGGAGGAAGUUCAAGGCUAUGAAUAAGGAGGCUAGAGAAAUCAAUUGGCUGCAUCAUAUGUCGGACGAGGAGAAGGCAAUGAAAGACCCCAGAAGAUAUUUGAAGGAGACAUUUCCGGCUGGGUCGAAGAGCAAGGAGACUGUGCUCUUGACCACGCACUUCGUCAUAAACAUCCAGGAUACUGCGAGGGAACUGGGACUGCGAUGCGAAUACACUCACGCACCUACAGACGGCGACGCCGUCCUUCAGAUGGCCAAGUACUGGGUUGUGGUCGGGCAGGACAGGUCCAUCGUAACAGAGAAAGUGCGGAUGAUUGAACGGGAGACACAACGACUGAAGCGUGAAAAAGAAGAAGGUCAACAGGAGCUGCGGCGGAAGAAUAAAGUUAUCAAGACCACACAGACACGGACGGGGAACGAAGAGGCCAUAGCGAGGAGCAAGGACUGGGAUGUGGCUGGGCUCUGGAGCAUCAGCUGUCCCCACAUCGAGCAAGCCUGGGACGUGGGAAGUCUUACCAUGAGCCUGUACCUGGAGACAACAGAGAAGGGACCGCAGAUGUUUGCAUAUUUCGACUUUGGCGUUCUGACGGGAGUUCUUCGCUUCGAGAAGCAGAAGGGUGAUACGAAGACGUCAUCAUCACCACGGCCCGCUGUGUACAGUAAUGUUGUUGAUGAUGACGAGCACAAGAGCGGGGAAGACAACGAGAGGGAUGAAGAGCCGGAGUAUGCUGAGGAACAUCUCGAUGAUGAUGAUGAUGAUGAGAACAGUGACAAGUCGAGCGACACAUACGAUGAGAAGGAAGACGACGAUGAUGAAGACGAUGAAGACAGGCGGAGCCCAACCCCUGAAGCAUUCUACUUCGAUACCAUCACGCAACCCUCAGCAAAACACCCAACGUGGAACUUUCGUUUCCGAGGAGAAGAAACAGGCCAAGGAGAAAUCGAAAUCGGGUCCGACUCCGAACUGUACAGCAUUACGUUCUGCAGUCCGAGAGGUCAGACGUUGAAAGGAGUAAUUGGAAGUAGUUCCUUUGGAGAGUGUACAUUCACAGGCGUAAGGGUAGGUGGUGAUGGGAACGAGCCUCUGGAUAUCCGUGAGGAGUGGGCGAGUAGAAAUGCUUCGGCGUAUGAUGAUGCUAGGAUUGGGAGAUGGCAUUGA